AUGAAAAGUUUGAGACCUAGCGAGAGAAACGCCAGGCUUCAGCCGCAGGCCUCGCUGUCUACCGGAGGGGACGGUCACUCGCUGCCCCUACGCCUACACAAACUCGGUGGUUCCCCCAAGCCCAACAGCCGCCGCCUCGCCGCUGUCACUCGCUGCCCCUACGCCUACACAAACUCGGUGGUUCCCCCAAGCCCAACAGCCGCCGCUGCAGCUUUCAGUGCCCUCAACGGCUGCUGCGCGGGGGUGGGCACCAGGAGAUCAGCUAAACUGUUAAUGAGUGCUGGCAGCAGUGAAGAAGAUAUAGAUGACAUUAUUGAUGAAAUCUGUAACGACAGCAGCUUUGCCAAAACACCUCUGAAAUUGAAGUCUAACUCUGCAAGUCUCACACCUGAAAGCAAUAGUGCUGUUGUACAGGCUCAUAGGAAAAGAUGCUGUCCAGUGUACCUGGGUGGAAGCUCUUCACCAUAUGGCAUAGGAACAAAUAUUUCAAAAAGAACAUGUGAUCAACUACGUUGUACUGCUUGCGACUUCCGUGUGUCACUUUUCAAUGACUACAUCUGGGAUCAGUCCUGUGAUUAUCUUUUUUUCAGGAAUAACAUGCCUGAGCUCAGUAAACUAAGAGCGAAGAUGAUAAAGAAGAAAGGAGCACGAGCAUAUGCUUGUCAGUGCAGCUGGAGAUCCAUUGAUGAAUUAACUGACCUCCAAACAGACCAGCAGCUUCGGUGGGUUUGUGGUAAACAUGCAGAAUGA